CGGGUUGGAGCUGGAGCAUCGGACAUUUUGGAUAUUUUGGAUUUGGCUUGUUGACCCCCUUGCAAAGUGCUUUCCUGAGCUGCUUUCACCGCUGUUUUCUAUGAAGGACAGACGCGCAGAUGGCAUCCAGAGGUGAUUCCCGCCCAAGAUCACGGCGUUCCAUUGCGCCAAUACCCCAGACAUCCAUUCGAAAUGGCAGUGAUAAGGAGAACUUGGCUACCGACGCGAAUGCAGCAAAGCAGCAAAGAACCGCAUUACAAACAAAGGCCGCGAAAGAUAAAAAGCUUCGGAGCAAGAGUCUGGGCCCGGGAGGAUUGGAUGCAUUGAAAGAUGGGCAUGGAAACCGCCGCAAGUCUACUAUACCGUUUCCUCUAAAGUCGAUCCUUAAACCCGCAAUUCCAGUGUCCCCCAUACAAAGUAUUCCGUCAUUUGAAGAGACACGAAAGAGAACGCCUGGGCGGAGUCCACAGAGGUUGAGUAGUGCUAGGGGUAAUAAUGCACCUCUUAUUGAUUUCUCGACUCCUCCGCCGGUACCUGUGGUUGGGACGGAAAGCUUGCCGAACCCGUUCGACACGUUUAAUCCAACUCCCGCUCUUAAUAGCGGACGGGUACUCCAAUCAGAACAAGAACGGCAAGCUGCAAAAAGGGAACGAGAGGCGAGGGAAAGACAUGAACAUAAACAGGCUAUACUUGAACAGCGCGCUGCAAGAAGGAAAUCUAUGGCCAAUCGUCGGGUCUCCUUUGCCCCGGAAGCUACCUUACAUACAUGGAAUGUUGUUGAGCUGAUGGAUGAUUCAACGACCUCGUCGGCCUCGACAAAUUCUACCAGACGGGCUUCUUCGCUCACGACGGAAUAUCAAGCUAACCCGUCGGAGUCUCCCCGUUCUCUUGAGGAAGAGAACGAUGAUCUCGAACAGUUUUCGCCGGCGAAGCAGCAAGAUUUUCUCCAACGGAGCCUCAGGCGCAAUUCUGGAACUCCCCAUGGCGAGUUUGACAAUGUUGACAAUGAUGAUGCUUUUUCUUCUAGCCCAUUUAGCGGUGAUUCAGGGGUAGAGGGUGACGACACUGGCAUCGCAUCUUUAGCGCCGGAGAACGAGGAUAGUCUCUCAGAUUCAUACAUGGAUAACGAAAAUACCGCAAUGAGUCUCGACAAUGCGACCGGCCGUUCGAUGAUGUCAGCUCAUUCCGAUGGCUCCACUACUGACUCAAGUGCUCGGCUUGAUCGGUCGCUGCGCCUGGCAGCACAAAUCGCUGGUAGCAAUGGCAUUGACCGCGAUGACAACGAAGAUUUCUCUAUGGAAUAUGCCAAACAUGAAAUAGCCGGUGCUUUUAAGCCAUGGAUCAAGAAAGGGACAAAUCAUUCAGAGUUUGACGCUGAAGAUCUGAGUUCCCGUCUCGAUCAGGAAAAUGUGAACCCGUUUCGACGGUCGUCAAAUUAUCCACAGCAUCAUCGUGGUGUAGAAGAAGAAGAAGAAGAAGAUGAUGAUGAUGAUGCCAAUUACGAUGAGACUGGUAUGGAUUUAACGAAACCCAUUGGAGGAAUUCUAUCGAAACCACACCAACAAUCGCCCGUUGGUUACGAGUCAAAUAUGGAUCGACGUACAUCCGGGGCCACAACACACUUGGGUGAGCAGACCAUGGAAUUUACGAACGUCGUUGGCGGCAUUGAUAGGAACUUGUCACCAUCGCGAGAGCUUUCCGGAGAUAGCGACAUUGCAGAGGAUGAAGAGAUGACUAUGGAAUUUACCUCUGUAUUCGGCGGGGUGCUCAAAAAGCACAUUGCUCAACAUGAAAAUUCGACCGUCAACAAGGAGCAAUCUCCCCAAACAGAGGAGCAGGGAGAUCAGAGUAUCUAUCCAGAUUUGACUGAGAUGGAUAUGGAGAUGACUGGAGCAGUCGGUGGUAUCCUUCCUCCUAUUGAAGAGCAGACUGAGCCCCUUGAGGAUGAGACAAUUGGAAUGGAAAUGACAAACGCAGUUGGGAAGAUUCUACCAUCACUUCGACCUUCAAAGCAGGGAGAUGAUUCCGACCCUGAACCUGCCAGCUCACCGUUCCAAGAGAAUAUCGUUCCCUCUCCUGCGAAACCUUCAACUCCAUUGAGAAUCACAUCUGUGCCUUUCCAAGACGAAAGCCCCAGCCUGUCACAUAUUCACCUCAAGCCAAAGAGGUCAAGAAGCUCGGGAGCUCGUUCGUCUACAACGCCUACUAAACCAAUUUCCCGUCAAACAACGCCCGUAAAACGGAUGCCCUCUCCUUCCAAGUCGAAAUCUCCGCAUGUGAUAAGAUCAACGACACCGGCUACACCCACCACUACCUCUCCACCGCACAAAGGCCAUUUAUCUCCCAAAAAGGUAUCCAAACCUGACACGCAGCAGCCUACAUUAAAGCCGGGAUCUAUUUUCCAGCAUGGCCAAUCCACUCCUAAGAUUGUUCUACAGGCUCGCAGGAGGUCGCCAUCUGGCCUGGGUAUUGACAAAGAAGGACUUGGUUCUCCUCGUGUGGCAGACAUUCUCGAUAGAAGGCGAUCGAUCGGGGAAGAUGCCCAAACGUUCACUCCAACGAUCAAACCAUCACGCGGUGUUCGGUUCAAUGACCCACACAAGCUUGAAGAAGAGGCCAAGAAGGAGCAACAACACGAAGGCCAGCAAAACACGGCGGUAACGGCCAGUCCGCGGAUAGAUCGUGAUACCGGUCUCAAUAUUAGGGAAAUGAUAUCUAGCUUAACGCCAAAAAAGAACAAGCUUAAAGGCCGCAAAAGUUUACAUGUUGGUGCGGCGAAAGGUCUCCUGGGGAAACGGCCAAUCGAACUCGAUAUGGAAGAUGAUGAUGAGGACAAUGCCACAAAGCGACUUAGGGCUAGAGAAUCUAGUCCAGUCAAGAAUAUUAAGCUGCCAGCACCUCCUUCCAAGGCGGAAACGGUUGGAAAGGUAUCUCGCCUCUCCUUACGAAACUCGACAGAAUCACCGGCAAAAGCCAAUGGUACUACUCCAAAGAGCCAACCUCAUUGCAACGUUGCAGAUCUCAGCGUUCGGGGAAAUGUCAAUAGUCAGGAUUUGGCUCUUGACCGAGAGGUUGUUGAUAUGCAUGCCAAUCCACAAUCGACAGAGUUCAAACCUCUUCAACUCUCGGAGUUUCUCAAAAUGACAAAUAUUCACUUUAUGGAACUCAACACAACGAAGCGUCGUCAUACUAUUGCUCCCGAUGCGGAAAAGAGGCGUAUCACUGAAGUCGAUGGACAGGUAACAGAAAAUAUAAGCCUAGAAGACUGUGUUGCUGCUGGGUUUUGCACCAUUCCAAUGCUUGAGCUCUAUCAACACUCGUGUCGCGAACUCAAGUCCUACAUUUCUGAAGGUCGACAGAUCAUUCGAUCUAUUGAAGCCGAGACUUACGCUGAGAAUCCCCCUCUGUUUCAGGAAUAUAUCACCGCUCCACCAGAUAUCCGCCUGUUGAUGGACAACCAAUUUCGCAAUGUGAAAGCUCAUGCUCGACUCCUAAGUAAAUCUAUGUGGUAUGAAUGGCGUAUGAAGCUUCUUGAGGGUUUGAAACAAGGGCUAGAUCAUCACGUCGAGGAAAUGAAUCGAGACUCAGAGGCAUUGUCGAAAAAGGAGAAAUUGUUGGAUGAUGUCGUGCCCGAGCUAGUUAAUAAACACGCUAGGCUCCAGGUUGAUGCCCAUAAUCUUGAAAAAGCAGUGGAAGAAAUGAAAAACUGCGAUCAAGAAGAGCUGAAACAAGCAAGGGAAAGGCUGAGGAUGAUCGAUCUCGAAAUUGCUCAGCGAAAGGAGGAUCUAAACAAAGCACAAUCGGACUUAGAAAAGACCUCGAAUAUUGUUAAAAAAGGAACUGAGCAAAAGGCGAAGCUGCUGAAGGACAUCCAGGAGGCUGAAAGCAUCCUAGAGGAAUGUCGUGGGUGGAGCGUAAAUGAGGUGGAUAGCCUCAAAGCUGUCGUUCGAAAUUUGGAGAAAAGUUCUGGCUGGACGAUUAUAUCGGUUAGCUCAGGCUCCGGCACGAAAUACGGCCCCGCUCUGUCUAUGCGAUAUAGUAACGAGCUUAGACUUGAUUUCCAUCCAGCAGCGUUUACUUCCCAACAGUCCAAGGAUCUGGCCAUGACGCUAAGUUAUGCGCCGGAGGCAACUAGAGGAUCCAUCACAAAUGGCCCUAAUCCAACUCCUGAGAUUGCGCUGGUGCUCCACGCCCUCCGCACGCGUAUAUCUCAUCUGACGCAAUCCGUUUCUCCUAAGGCCUUCCUUUCUGACAUCUCGCAAACGUGGAACACAAUUUCCUCCCUUCGAAACGAAAUCCACAUGCUUGACUAUUGCGGUGUCACGAAACUAAAAACCGUCGAAGCCAACCCUGGAGAGCCGGCGUUGCUGAAAGUUCGAUGUAUCCUGCUAGGCUUCAGAACCGAAAUAAGGCGAAAGAAACGGUCGGCAUCUAUGCCUAUAGUCCCAGCCGGGAAUAGAUCCAAGGCUAGGAUCGACGUUGAUUUUACUAUCAAACCACGUCCCACGGCCGUGAAGGGUGCAGACGCAGAACCAAGUAUCGAUGUCGACGUAGACAUUGAUGUAUAUGGGAGCAAAGUGUAUGGAUUCUCGAAUGAAGAUGCUUCGGACAUGUCUGAGGAGCAAAUUGGUGAAUUCCUUAUGCAGCUGAUACAACGCCAGGAUGGGAGAGCGAAGCAAUUCGGAAGGGGGCUUUGGAGAGAUGCUGUGAAGGAAUUGGAAGGGAAGGUGUUUUCUUAAGCCUAGCGUUCCCUGGCUUUUAUGCGCGUUUAUGGGAAGAGGCGUUGACUCGUGUGGGUAUAUAGAAACAUGUGGAUGGGUUAUGCAAUUGGCGCUGAUGAUCUGGUUGGGGGGUGGGAUAGCUAUGAUUGACUGCCUAGGAAUUGUUAACUCCGUCUCGUUGCUAUGGUAAUUUUUCCUUCUUUAUGGACGAGUGUUUUGGGACAAUUGUAGAUCAUGAUCAUGUUGAUUGAACAGGUGAGGAGGCAGAAAUAAGCUGGGUAAUAAUAUUAUGUCUAUCU